AUGGUCAUGAAACACUUUACCACAAAUGCCCUUGAAGGGUUAUGCUCGGAAGAUCAGCUAGAUCUCCUAAAUUCUAUCGAUACUCUCCGUUCACAGGGAAUUAGUCACUACAUUUCGCUACCGCAGAUUAUUGUCUGCGGCGAUCAGUCAUCAGGCAAAAGCUCGGUGCUCGAGGCCAUUUCUGGCGUUGCCUUUCCGGUCAAGAGCAACCUCUGCACUCGGUUCCCAACUGAACUCGUGCUACGCAAGUCUCCAGAGGUUCACGUGAGCGUGUCGAUUGUUCCUCACCGGUCCCGCAGCGAAUCCGAACAACACUCACUUGAAAGCUUUCGAGAAGAUCUCGAUAGCUUUGAAGGGCUUCCGGAACUUAUUGAAAAUGUCAAGACGGCCUUGGGUAUCUCAACACACGGGAGAGCCUUUUCAAAUGACAUACUUCGCAUAGAGAUUUCGGGGCCAGACCGCCCCCACCUCACCAUCGUUGAUCUACCGGGCCUCAUCCACUCGGAGACAAAGCAGCAGUCAGCGUCCGAUGUUGACUUAGUUCAGGAUGUGGUCCAAGCCUAUAUGAGGGAACCACGAAGCAUUAUUCUCGCUGUAAUAUCUGCCAAGAACGAUAUCGCCAACCAGAUUGUGCUGAAGCUCGCCCGUGGAGCCGACAGGUUUGGCCGUCGGACGCUUGGUGUAAUUACAAAGCCUGAUACCUUGAUCCCCGGAUCAGCGACGGAAUCUAUUUUUGUUUCUCUCGCGAAGAACCAAGAAGUUGACUUUCGGCUCGGGUGGCAUGUCCUGAAAAACAUGGACUCCGAGAAGGGAAUCUCAACUCUGGCCGAUCGUGAUGUCGAAGAAAGGCAGUUCUUCUCGCAAGGAGUUUGGAAAGACAUCGCCCCAUCGACCAUGGGCAUUGCCAGACUGCGAGGGAGGCUCAGCAAAGUCCUUCUUGGACAAAUUGCCACCGAGCUGCCUAGCCUUGUUGGUGAAAUCAAAGUACAAAUCGAGGCCUGCUGCGGGAAAUUAGAAAGGUUAGGUGAGCCACGGGCAACCUUGCACGACCAGCGACUCUAUUUGUUCCACAUUAGCCAAGCUUUUCAGUCUCUUGCCAAAGCUGCUGUUGAUGGUACGUACAACGAGCCUUUUUUUGAAGGCAUUGACUCGAGUAUGGGGUAUCCAAAACGUAUGCGCGCCGUCGUGCAGAACCUCAACCAAAACUUCGCCGAUACAAUCAGUCGACAUGGCCAUUAUCGCCAUAUCUCAGAGGACGGGGGCGGGAAGCGCCUGACCAAACACCAGAUUAGUAUUACACGCGAGGCAUUCCUUGGCUACAUAGAAUCUCUCUUGAAGAUAUCUAGGGGUAGAGAGCUACCUGGAACCUUUAAUUCAAUGAUUGUGAAGGAUUUAUUCUUCGAGCAAUCUGCUCCAUGGGAGAAAAUUGCUCAAAACCAUGUAAAGGAGGUUUGGACGGCAGCGAAGGAAUUUCUACACCUUGCGAUUGCCCAUAUUGCGGAUACUGGAACCGCCAAAGCCUUGUUCCAAACCACAUUUGAGCCCGCUUUGGAGCAGCUCUUAAAUAAAUUACGGGACAAGACCAGUGAGCUCCUGAUACCACACCGAGAGUGGCACCCAAUUACCUACAAUCACUACUUCAUGGAAACUUAUCAAAAAAUUCAAAAGGAGCGUCGGAGAGAAGAUUAUUCUACGGUUAUAAAGAAGUUCUUCGAUGCUCCGGACCUUCACACAGAAGUUAACAUAGGUUAUCGGAAUGACCUCCACCAUUUACUAGACUCUCUUGUUGGGCGUACCGAGCUGGACAUGAGCCGUUACGCUUCUAUCGAAGCUCUGGAUUGUAUGGUUGCAUAUUACAAGGUGAUUCAUCUAGCCGCGGUUGCGCUAAAGCGAUUCAUUGAUGACAUCGCGAUUGAGGCCGUUGAGGGGAAGCUUAUAUCACUCUUGGGUAGUAUAUUUACUUCGGUCGCAGUGUUUGAGAUGCCCGAUACUGUCGUUACGCAAAUUGCGGGCGAGUCUGAAGAAAAUAAAACCGAACGGGACCAAUUGAAUAAACAACUAGAUAUUCUCACGAGAGGGUCUGCUACCUGCAAGCGGUUCAUUGGAGAUGACAGUUUCGAAAGCAAAAGUGGACAUCAAGCUAGCAUCCAGUCCGACGCAGCGGAUUCUCCAUUGGACGGCAGCGAACCAUCGACUGCAUUGUCUAUAGAAUGUGCCAGCUCAUCGGUCAGAGAUAAUGCAUAUGACGAAAUUCCAUUCCCCGAGCCCGUUGCCGAAUUAGAGCUGGAACCUCCCGCAGAGCCUGAGGUUUAUGAAUUGCCGCCUGAGAAGCUGUCGAAAAAAACGAAAAAGAAAGGGUCCCAGAAAAAAUACAAUAGCUUUUGGAGGGAAGUAGACUAG